AACACUAAAGAAAACAACAUAUAAAAAACAGAUUAUUUUGUCAAAUCUGCUCACCGAAAACAAAAUCAAAAUUAAAAACAAAAUAAAAUAAAAAUAAAAACCAAAACAAACAUAAAAAUAAAAACAUCAUUUGCACACACCCCAUUUGCAUGGCCCUGUAAGUCUGUAACUGAAUAUCAGAACUAAGGAAAGAAUCUCUCUCCUUUUCUCUCCUCCCCUGUUCUUCUCUCUCCUCAUCGACCCAUUAACAAAAACACCCCUUUUCUUCCAAAAUCCCACCUACCCGUUUCACAACUUUGAAAAGGGUAUAGAAUUCAAAGAUACCCAUUUCAAGAUUCACCCCAAAAGUAGAAAAAAAUGGCGUCUUUUUACUACUAUACUCUGUUUUUGGUAAUGGCGACUGUAUGUUCUCAGGGUUUGAGUGUUGGGGUGAACUGGGGUACCAUGGCGACUCACCAAUUGCCUGCUGAUAUGGUGGUUCAGAUGCUUAAAAACAAUGGGUUUGAAAAAUUGAAGUUGUUUGAAGCUGAUGAAUCGAUUUUGAAUGCUUUAGUUGGUACUGAAAUUGAAGUUAUGUUGGCAAUACCCAAUAAUAUGUUGGCGGAGAUGAGUAGUGGUCUUGAUGCUGCAGUUUCUUGGGUCGAUGCUAAUGUCACAGCUUACGUCUACUCUGGUGGUGUUAAUAUCAACUAUGUUGCAGUAGGUAAUGAGCCUACACUUCAGACCUACAAUGGCACAUACCUGAGUUACAUGUUACCGGCCCUCAGAAACAUCCAAGAGGCACUUAAUCGCGCAGGACAUGGGGAUCGAAUCAAGGCGACAAUUCCUUUCAAUGCCGAUGUCUACUACUCUCCUGACUCAGACCCUGUCCCCUCUGCAGGAGAUUUCAGGCCUGAAGUUCGAGACCUAACCCUCGAAAUCCUCCAGUUUCUACAUGAGAACAGUGCUCCCUUCACAGUAAACAUAUACCCUUUCCUUAGUCUGUAUGGGAACAAGAACUUCCCCAUAGACUAUGCUUUCUUUGAGGGGUCAAAUGUGCCUAUAAAAGAUCAGGGUUUGACUUACACUAAUGUGUUUGAUGCCAAUUUCGAUACUUUAGUGUCGGCAUUGAACAAAGCUGGGUACCCUGAUAUGGAGAUUAUAGUAGGAGAAGUAGGUUGGCCAACUGAUGGUGAUAUACAUGCCAAUGUUGAGAAUGCUAAAAGGUUCAACCAAGGCCUACUUCAACAUAUAAUGAGUGGUGAAGGGACUCCACUUCGUAAGGGGAAAAUCAAUGUCUAUCUUUUCAGUUUGAUCGAUGAGAAUGCCAAGAGUAUAGCCCCAGGGAACUUUGAGAGGCACUGGGGGAUCUUCGAGUUUGAUGGAAUGCCUAAAUAUGAGCUCGAUUUAGCUGGGAUGCAAGAAGAUAGGACACUGAUUCCAGUUGAAGGAGUUGUAUAUAUGGUGAAAAGAUGGUGUGUUUUGAACCCAGAUGCUACAAACUUGGGUGACUUGCCUAAUAACAUCAACUAUGCUUGUAGUUUGUCAGACUGCACGACUUUAGGGUAUGGAUGUUCAUGCAACCACCUCACUGUCAGAGGGAAUGCUUCAUAUGCUUUCAACAUGUAUUAUCAGAUUAAGAGUCAGAACAUCUGGGAUUGUGAUUUUGAUGGCUUGGCUAUGAUUACUGAUCAAGAUCCUUCAGAAAGCAGCUGUCAGUUUCCGAUUAUGAUUGACUAUGGCUCCUCUGGGAUUCUGCAUAAGGGUUUAUUUGAGGUUCUAUUGACAAGCUUAAGUGUAUGCAUCCUGUUUUUGCUUGUCCUGUGACUGCACUAUAUUUUUUUUUGGUAGUCAUUGUAGAGGAAUUACUGAGAGGAACUCAGAGCAUUUGGCUAGCUCUUGUAUAUUGACAUUGAAUCUGGGUGAACUGUGGAUUGAAGUUGUAAAAAUUAGAUUCUCCCUUCUUGGGAAGUAUUAUAUUUGAAUACUUGGAUGUCAAA